GAAACAAUAGAAGGUAAGACGCCGCAAAAGGAUCAGGAUCAGGAUCAUGUACCGGGUACAUAGAAUUUGUGUGGGCCAGUACUCUACUCCGUCUACCUAUGGGCCCCUGGGAAGAGUGGCCGCCGCCAAAUCUCCAGAAGGCCACCUAGAAACAGGGGACCUAAAUUAAUUUAGCUGUUAACUUGGGUUAGGUUCCGUCCAGUUGCUUGUAACUUUCCAUUUCUUCUCUCCUCCUUUCUUCUCUUUCUUCCACUCUCAUCCUCUCACAAUCCCAAUCCCACCACUUGUGCGACGACAGCCCUCGAACAAGACCAGAACCCCCAAUUCUCUUCACGACCCGUUACAUCAACACCGCAAUCAUGUCCGCGAAGAAGGAGUUCACCAUGCAGGAUGUUGCUGAGCACAACACCUCCAGCGACAUCUACAUGGUUGUUCACGACAAGGUCUACGACUGCACCAAGUUCCUCGACGAGCACCCCGGUGGUGAGGAGGUCAUGCUCGACGUUGCCGGCCAGGAUGCCACCGAGGCUUUCGAGGAUGUUGGCCACAGUGACGAGGCCCGAGAGGUUCUCGACGGUCUUCUCGUCGGCGAACUCAAGCGUCUGCCUGGUGACGAGGGCCCCAAGCGCCAGAUCGCCAACUCGAACCAGGGAAGCGGCAAGUCUGAUCCCGCCGGCUCCAGCUUGAACACAUACGCCAUUGUUGUCGCCGUUGGUUUCAUCGCCUACAUUGCCUACAACUAUCUCCAGAAGCAGCAAGAGGCUCAAGGCCAAGCCUCCGCAUAAGCGCCUCAUGUCAAUCGUAUCGCAUGAAUGAGGAUAGAGAAAAAGGGUGUUCUUUGGAUUUUGCUACGGCAUCAAUGCAGAUGUAUGUCUAAGGACCACUAUGCAUUGGGAGUUUUCUUUGGCCUGAACAGAGGUCGGUGAUAGACGGCGGGCGCGCAGCUACUAAAUGCAGCUUACCCCGGCUUGGACAUGAUGAGAACAGUGGGCAGCGGCGAAUUCACUAAUGUCAAAGCCCAUGCCAUGUCCCGAUUUUCGGGAUUCUACUUUUUUUGUUGGGGGUGGACGGAAGAGGGGACCGGGACGUGCAACCGAAACCCGAAAAGAAAGAUAAGGAUCGCAGCGAAGCGCAGACGAGACCCAUUUGCGAGGCGCGACUCAUGCGCAAUCAGACAGACGAUUCGGCCAUCUCGUCUCAUGGGCCACGGUAUUACAUGAGCACGGGACAUGCAUUCAACAAUGGAGAUGACAAUCUUGGAGCAACAAAGUAAAGUAAAUAUAUAUAUCACACUGUUUUAAUCGAUGACUGGUUAUGACCA